CAGAAAGAAAAGUUUGUAGGAAAAUACAGAAGAGAUUAGAGAAGAAGAAGAAGAAAAAUGGAGUGCUGUGGGAGGCCAAACAGGAGUGACGCUCAUUUGUCGAGAGAGGAAGAGGCAGAGAUCGAGUCGAAGACGAGAGAGUACUUCGAUGGAGUGACUCCCAAGCAUCACUCCAAACCUCAACGCAGUGAGUAUUCAUCAAAGUAUGUGGACGAUUUGAAAAAUAAUGAUGAAAUUCCCGAACUUGUUGAGUUCCACCGUCUCGAAAGCGAUUCUCAGAAGAUACUGGUGCACGGAAGUGAGGUUGGUGAGGAGUUUGUGGAGACAGACUACUACAAGGACCUGAACGAUACUGACAAGCAGCACCACACCACGGGAACUGGGUUCAUCAAAAUGCCCAACAAAAGCGACAACCGCUACAGUUUGGCGCCGGAUUCCGACACCGACGUCCAUGCCUCUGGCCAGUGCAACCCAGCAACUAAUGACUGGAUCCCAGAUGCUUCUGCUGCCAAUACAGUGGCUUUUGAUUCAGGCAAGCCAAGGAGAGGUGACAAUUAAGAUGGAUGGGACUGGGAGUGCGUUAAUGUAGCAGAUUUUAAGUCUGUAUGAUAAUAUUAUUGUGAAUUUGCAAUUUGGGGUUUUCACUUUUCAGUGUUGCCAAUAAGUACAUCACUAUUUCUCA